GUUGUCUAGCAGCAAGUCCUCCUCCUCCCUGUCUCUCUUUCUCUCCCUCAUUAUUAUUGUUUAUUGUUAGUUUGAAGAGUUUUUUUUUUUUUCAUUUUCCUGUCGUUACAAUUCGUUUCUUGAGGUGUCAGUCUCUUUCUCUUUCUAUCUCUUCCCUCUCUCUGUCUCUCUCUCUCUUUUUUUUUUGUCGACCAUGGUGUCUUGGGCUCCGCCAUUAGAAUAUUAUGCCUUUAAUCGUCUAUGCGAGUAGGAAUUGGACUUGCGAAUCUUGGGCUCUGCUUUUCGCUGUCUCAUUUUUCGUUUUUUUUGGGAGGUUCCUCUUAAUUUUUUUCUCCUUUUGAUAUCUUGAAAGCCCCAGCCCGGAGAAAAUCUUUCCUUGCUUCUUUUCUGCUUGCUUUGGUGGAGGAAUAAUGGAUUCAUAUUCCUAACUUAUAUAUCUCUACGUUGAUUUCAUGGUUCCUCUGGUUCAUUCGUUGCGUUCGUAGAGGUGCCUGCUUCUUGAAUUUAAGAAAGAAAGGGUUCUGAAGAUUUGGGUUGUUGGAUUUUUUUGGGACAACUUCUUUUGGGUGGGGAGGAAGGAUGGAGGAGGUGGAGGAAGCAAACAAGGCAGCAGUUGACUGCUGCCACAGGCUGAUAAGCACGCUGUCUCAACCUCAAGAGGGUUCGGAGAGGAACACAGUGGUGGCCCUAACCGGGGAGGCCCUCAUGAAGUUCAGGAGGGUGGUGUCUCUUCUCAACCACAAGGCGGGCCAUGCAAGGUUCAGAAAUGGCAGCACCCAAUCCUCACCAAGGCAGAAGAUAUGCAUGGAGAAUCCCAAGCUGGGCUUGGACCCGACAGCACCCAAGGCCUACCCUGAGCUUCCUCACUGCCCUCCUCAUCCACAGUCACCGAGUGCCCACUUCCAUUUCCUUCAGCAGAUGAAGCUUCAGGCUGAUCUCUUGUACAGGAGGAGCAACAGCAGCAUAAACUUGAAGUUUGAUAACUCUAGCUGCACGCCGACCAUGUCCUCAACCAGGUCAUUCAUGUCGUCUCUCAGUAUGGAUGGGAGUGUGGCCAAUAUGGACGGAAAGGCGUUUCGCCUAAUCGGCCCCUCCUCUUCUCAGGACAGGAUCAGCCACCACCAGAAGAGGAAGUGCUCAGGAAAAGGAGAGGAUGGUAAUGGUGGGAAAUGUGGAACAACUGGAAGAUGUCACUGUUCAAAAAGAAGGAAGUUGAGGAUUAAGAGAUCCAUUAAGGUGCCUGCUAUAAGUAACAAGCUUGCUGAUAUUCCACCUGAUGAGUACUCCUGGAGGAAGUAUGGGCAGAAACCAAUCAAGGGAUCACCUCAUCCAAGGGGCUAUUAUAAAUGUAGCAGCAUGAGAGGAUGCCCUGCAAGAAAGCAUGUAGAAAGGUGCUUGGAAGAUCCAUCCAUGCUUAUUGUUACCUAUGAAGGGGAACACAAUCAUUCCAGACUACUGCCCCAACCUACCCAUGCGUAGUCCUUAGCGGGUGCCAGUUGGAUUGGUUCAUAGACAGUGCCUUCAUGCGCAUGACUGGUGAUGCUUGACCUUUUUGUUGUAAAUAAUAUGCAUUGUUCAAGCUGAUCAUAUGAAGAUGUGGCAAGUAAAUUUCUGAAGAACUUUUGGAGCUUCAUAACCUUUUCAUAGGUGGGAUAGGUUGGUGGGAAGCUACAAUAGGAGUGGAAACAUGCAAGAGUUCUCCCGUGGUGGCAGUAUCUGUUGCGUUAGUGGGUAGAUUGGUGGGAAGCUGCAAUAGGACAUGUAAGUUCUUCCAUUGUGGCAGCAUCUGUUGAGUUAAAAAUGUACACUUUCCUGAAUCGAAUGCAUUGAGCUGUUUGUUUUCUC